CACGGUUUAAAAACACACAUAAAUAUCUGAACAUGGAUUUCUAUUAUAUGCCGGGUGGAAGUGGUUGCCGUACCGUCAUCAUGACAGCCAAGUCACUGGGUGUGGAGCUGAACAAGAAGCUCCUGAACACCAUGAAGGGGGAGCAACUGGCUCCUGAAUUCGUCAAGAUCAAUCCACAGCACACCAUUCCCACGCUGGUGGACAACGGCUUCGCCAUUUGGGAGUCGCGUGUCAUUGCCACCUACCUGGUGGAGAAGUACGGCAAGGAUGACUCCCUCUACCCCAAGGAUCCCCAGAAGCGUGCCGUCGUCAAUCAGCGCCUCUACUUCGAUCUGAGCACCCUGUACGAUUCCUUUGCCAAGUACUAUUACCCAUAUUUCCAAACCGGCAAACCUGGCGAUGCUGAGGCACUGAAGAAGGUGGAAAACGCCUUCGAUUUCCUCAACACCUUCCUGGAGGGACAGACCUAUGUGGCUGGCAGCCAGCUAACCGUUGCGGACAUUGCCAUCCUGGCGACAGUCUCGACCUUCGAUAUUGUCGAAUUCGAUUUGAAGAAGUACCCGAAUGUGGACAAGUGGUACGCAAAUGCCAAGAAGGUGACUCCCGGCUGGGAUGAGAACUGGGAUGGCUUGCUGCAGCUGAAGAAAAUUAUCGAAGAAAUGACCAGAACGUUCCCAGCAGCUGCCACAAGCGUUGUCAUGGAUUUCUACUAUCACCAGGGCUCGGCGCCUUGUCGCUCCGUCAUUAUGAUAGCCAAGGCAUUGGGUGUGGACCUUAAUCCAAAGUUCUGCAACAUCUUGGCGGGGGAACAGCUGAAGCCCGAGUUUGUGAAGCUUAAUCCUCAGCACACAAUUCCCACCAUCGUGGACGAAGGAUUCGUGCUUUGGGAGUCGCGCGCCAUCCUCAUUUAUCUGGUGGAGAAGUACGGCAAGGAGGACGACUCCCUCUACCCCGCAGAUCCCCAGCAGCGAGCUCUGAUCAACCAACGCCUGUACUUCGACAUGGGCGUCCUGUUUCAAAGCUUCUAUCAGGCCGUCUUCCCGCAGAUCGUGACCAAAAAGCCACCCACUGCAGAGGCAAUGGAGAAAGUGGAGAAGGCCUUUGUGCUGCUGAACACCUUCCUGGAGGAGGAUGAGUUUGUGGCGGGCCCUACUCUGACUGUGGCCGACAUCUCCAUUCUGGCCAUUGUCUCCACCUUCGAAGUGGUGGACUAUGACAUCAGCCAGUAUCCGAAUGUGGCCAAGUGGUACGCGAAGGUCAAGGAGGUCACACCCGGCUGGGCGGAGAACUGGGAAGGUGUGCAGUGGUUAAAAAACUAUAUGCAGUCCAGUUAAGAGUGACUCGUGCAU